AUGAUCUGGGACGCAGCGACGGGGCACGAGAUCCGGGCGCUCGAGGGCCAUAGCAGUUCCGUCGAGUCGGUGGCGUUCUCGGCCGACUCGAAGUACGUGGCGUCGGGAUCCUAUAACGAGACCGUCAAGAUCUGGGACGCAGCGACGGGGGCUUGCCUACAGACGCUUCAUACUGGAAGAGUGCUUAGCGAUAUUUCAUUUGAUCCUACCAGUUUACUUCUUCAUACGGAAAUUGGCGUUCUCGCUCUCGCCCUCACCAUCAAUCCCAACCCUAAACCGAAUUCGAAUCCACCGUCGACGCUAUUGAGUUCGCAUACCGCACCCAAUCUAUCUACUACUACUUCUUCUUGCGAGCCUCAAACCCGUGGCCUUGGACUAAGUCCUGACGGAACAUGGAUCACGUGGAAUGCGAAGAACCUGCUAUGGCUGCCGCCGGAGUACCGGUCGAUCCACUCGGCGGUGGCGGCGUCGACGGUUGUAAUCGGAUGUGCGUCAGGGCGCGUGUUUAUUAUAAGAUUCGACGGGGAACUUCUUUCGAAGUUCUAA